UCGGUGGGUUUUGGUUGGCAGUGUCAGCUUCGCAACGUUGAACAACGGGCUGGUGAGUCACGUGACAGCAUCUGCUGCUGCUGCUGGCUGAGCGAAGCGUGUUAGCAGAUUUUUCUAUUUUGUACAUACAUUGUUUUGUAUAUACUGUAUAUGAUGACUUCAGUGGUCAGCAAUCAAGCCCGGGGAGCUCGGGACAGAGCGCUGCCCACCACCACACAAACAACACAGCCACAGAAACAGAUACAGGCCACAGCAGAACAGAUUCGUUUAGCCCAAAUGAUCUAUGACAAAAAUGAUGCUGACUUUGAAGACAAGGUCAAACAGCUGAUUGAAGUAACUGGGAAGACUCAAGAUGAGUGCAUGGUAGCCCUCCAUGACUGCAAUGAAGAUGUAAACAGAGCCAUCAAUUUUCUCCUGGAGAGCACCUCAGACACAAACUCCUGGGAAACUGUUGGGAAGAAGCGGAGCCUUGGGAAAGAAGGAGGACCCUCUGACAUAAAAGAGAGCAGGGAGAAAAAAGGAGGAGAGAGGGAGGCCAGUCGUGGGCGUGGGGGGUCCAACAGGAGGGGCAGAGGCAUCAGCCGAGGGCGUGAAGGUCAGUUUGAGGAGAACGGGUUUGAAGUUGCUCCCGGAGAGAGGGGGGGAGAACGGGGACGCAGAGGUCGGGGCAGAGGUGCAGGUGGUCGAGGUAGAGGAAGAGCAGCUGCUGGCAACAGGUUCUCCUCCCAAGGAAUGGGCACCUUCAAUCCUGCUGACUACACCACAAAUUCUGGAGCUCGCCAGGAGACAUGGGAUGGGGAUGGCAACGAAACAGCUGAGGGAACUGGAACGUGGGGAGGCAAUCUGGAAGACUGGGCUUCAGAAGAUUGGAAUGAGGAUUUGUCUGAGACCAAAGUAUUCACUGCCUCUUCUGCUCCAGCAAAUCACAUCACACCUGGACACAAUGUGGAUCUGGCUACCCUCCUGCCUAAGGCUGGUGUGGCUGUAGGAGUUGCUGUGGACUCUGACUUGGGGGCCAUAGUCGAUGGCCCCUCAGCUGAGGAUUUGGGCCAAAGCCUGGUGUUUACCAAUUCGCACCAUAAUGGACGCACUGCAGCGCACAGUUACGCACACGCCACAGCCAACAGCUACGCCCAUGCUGCCUCCGCUAGUGCCACAUGCGCACAUCCUGCUCUGUCCUCAGUCCUGGGCUCUGGUUUUGGGUCCCUGAAUGCGCCUAAACCAGCACCCAGCUCGGACAUCAGGACAUCGGAGCAGCUCAACGGCCCUCGGCUUAGUCAGAGAGCCAGUCAAGCAUUGGCCGCCACCAGCAACAGUAAUCUUUCCAAAGAUGCAAGGCCACCUCCAAUGCAAAGUCCUGUUCCUGCAUCCUCCCCCACUGUGGAUGUCAAGGCCCAGAGCAUGGAGAAUGGGUCUGUCCCUGCCCAGCACUUGGAGAUUAAGCUUCAGCCAGAGCCAUCUGCAGUGCUCAGCCAGCUGGCUCAGAGGCAGCAGCAGUCCUCAGCCCUUCCCAGCACAGAGUCUCUGGGCUUGUCUCAGUCACAUGCACCACAGGUCCCCACACCACCGGGCCAUGAGUCCUCUGCUCCACCUUUAAGAGAUGGAGCUUCUCCUGGAGUGAAGCUGCCAGGUAUGGAGCCUCCCAUCACAGAACCCCCUCAGCGGCAGUUAAAGGCACAGAGGCGCAGGGUACCUCCUCCUUCAAAGAUCCCAUCGUCAGCAGUAGAGAUGCCGGGAUCAACAGAUAUAUCUGGCCUGAAUGUGCAGUUUGGAGCUCUUGACUUUGGGUCUGAGGCUGGUAGUGGUACAGUAGACAUGGGACAGAUGGAGUUGGCCAGGGAACAAGCCCCCAGUCAGGCCCCAGCGCCAGCACCCGUGUCUGUUCCCACCCAGCAGCCACAGAGCAGCCUGUUCUCUAAGCCAGGAUCUGUGAGUGAACACAUGAGCAGCUUGUCCACCUUAUCGUCGGCUGUAUCAGAUCCCAGCUUCCCCACACCAUCUUUAGGCUUGCCCAGUGCCACACCUUCACCCUCCCUGAAUCUUCCUCGUGCAGCAGCUUCAUCGGCUUUUUUCGCCCCCCCCACCCACAGCCCUGAAUAA